GCCGGUCUCCGACGCCCGCCAGUAGCCUAAAAAGCCACAGAACCAGAACGCGGAGCUUAUCCCGAAGCGCGCCACCCGGCGAAGUUGCUCGCAAGCGACAGCGCUCGCUUUCUCACGGCGGACGGCGCGGAUUCCCUAACACGUGCACCAGCCCUAAGUUAAGGUAGCCGCCUGUUCUCAACGGGGUGUGUGUAUGUGCGUGUGUAUGUGGGUAGAAGAAGCCGAGCCCGGCUUUAAAGAGACUUUUUCCCUUUGCAAAAAAAAAAAAAAAAAAAAAGCGCUUGGCUCUCGGCAUUCACUAGUGGGAGCUGCAGAGGGUACGGAAACCGAAUCCAGCAGCGCUCCCUCUUUCUCUCUUUCUGUCUCUUUCUCUCUUUCUGUCCCUCUGCACCGGAGUCCGGGAGCAGCUGCGAGAGCCGAGCGGGUGAGAAAGAAGAGAAGCCAGAAGCGGUGCCGAGACCAGCUCAAGGAUCGGGAGAAAGGGAGGAGGGGGGGGGACCCAAAACAAAACGCCAUCGCUUUUGCCACGAUCUCCCUUCUGCUGGCCACCGGGGUGUGUGGAAAAAAAUAAAACUCGGCGGCUCGGAAAACUUUCAUCAGCUCCUCAGAUUGGCAAGUUCAAAGGGCUUCUUAUGGUUAAGGAGAACAGUCUUCUAGCAACACAGUAGAAAUUGGCUAAAGGAAAGAUUGUGAAGGUCAGCAUAUCCUUUACUUAGUGCCAAAGCAUUGAAGCAGGACCUGCUUUUGUUGAGGACUGAAAUAAACCAGCUCUGCUGCCACAACUCAUCUGAAUUGCUGAGAGGCGGGAUCACGAGAGCCUCUCUGGGAACGAAGCAAGCGAAAAAGAAGAGAACUGCUAGAGCUGCUGCCGCUAUUGCUUCUUGCUGAAAUGAACUGGCUAGAUGAACCGAAUUGGCAACUUCACAUUUCCUUCCUUGUGCUGCUCUCCAUUCACACGAAGGCAAACUUCCUAGACAGCAGGCCCUUGAGGAAUUCUGGGAAAGGAAACAUAGAUGCUAGGAAAGAAGAUGGGGGGAGCACAGCAGCUGCUCCUACCCAGAAGAAGCUGUGGUGUCACUGUCAUCACUACUGUCCUGAAAAUUCAAAAAACAACACUUGCAGCACGGAUGGCUAUUGUUUUGCAAUGGUGGAAGAUGAAGAUACGGGAGGACAGAGUUUUACUACAGGCUGCAUAGGUUUAGAAGGUUCUGACUUCCAAUGCCGAGACACUCCAUUAUCUCAACCAAGGAGAUUAAUUGCAUGCUGCACAGAUCAGGAUUUCUGUAAUAAAGAUCUUCACCCUACUCUGCCACCAUUAGAACACCCAGCUUUUUCAAAGGGAAAUGUUCACCAGAAGGCUCUGCUAAUUUCAGUGAUUGUCUGUAGCGUACUCUUGGUGUGCAUCAUCAUAUUCUGUUACUUCAGGUAUAAAAGGCUAGAAAGGAGACGGCAACCUCCUCAUUACAGUAUUGGACUUGAACAAGAUGAGACUUACAUUCCACCAGGAGAAUCCUUGAAAGACCUGAUUGAGCAGUCACAGAGUUCAGGAAGUGGUUCAGGGCUCCCUCUAUUGGUACAGAGGACUAUAGCGAAACAGAUUCAGAUGGUGAAGCAGAUUGGCAAAGGUCGCUAUGGGGAGGUUUGGAUGGGAAAGUGGAGAGGAGAAAAAGUGGCUGUCAAAGUUUUCUUCACCACCGAGGAAGCCAGCUGGUUUCGAGAGACAGAAAUCUAUCAGACUGUCCUGAUGAGGCAUGAAAAUAUUUUGGGAUUCAUUGCUGCAGAUAUUAAAGGUACUGGAUCUUGGACACAACUUUAUCUGAUCACCGAUUAUCAUGAAAAUGGAUCUCUGUAUGAUUAUCUAAAAUCUACUACCUUGGAUACAAAAGCGAUGCUGAAACUGGCCUAUUCCUCUAUCAGUGGAUUGUGCCACUUGCAUACCGAGAUCUUCAGCACCCAAGGCAAACCAGCAAUUGCUCACCGGGACCUCAAAAGUAAAAACAUUCUGGUGAAGAAAAAUGGAACUUGCUGUGUAGCAGAUCUUGGUCUGGCAGUUAAAUUCAUUAGUGAUACAAAUGAAGUGGAUAUCCCACCAAACACCAGAGUAGGAACAAAACGUUACAUGCCCCCAGAAGUGCUGGAUGAAAGUUUGAAUCGAAAUCACUUUCAGUCAUAUAUUAUGGCUGACAUGUACAGCUUUGGGCUCAUCCUUUGGGAAAUAGCAAGGAAAUGUGUUUCUGGAGGUAUUUUUGAGGAAUACCAGCUUCCUUAUCAUGACCUUGUUUCCAGUGAUCCUUCAUAUGAAGACAUGAGGGAAAUAGUAUGUAUCAAGAGAUUACGACCUUCAUUUCCCAAUAGGUGGAGCAGUGAUGAGUGCCUACGACAAAUGAGAAAAUUAAUGAAUGAAUGCUGGGCUCAUAACCCUGCUUCUCGGCUCACAGCCCUACGAGUAAAGAAAACACUUGCCAAAAUGUCAGAGUCACAGGACAUUAAGCUUUGAUUCAGCUAACAAAAGCUAAAGCUCAGAGAAAAAAUGGACUUUCCUUCUGUGUUUCAAAGAGACAGGAAGAAGAAUGACAUGCCUUCAGUAAUAUGAACCUUGAAUACAGAUUUUUGGCAAAGCAUUUUGCACACUGGGGCAGAAACCUUUCCAGGGGAAAGAAAUGUGGCUCAGUCAAGAAUUUUUGGUUCCUGUAUGACCGACCAGACAAGAAGACUUUUAGCCUACUUGGAGAUUAAUGCAAGAAAAUGUAUCGAUAAUUGUUUCUAGAAUAUGUAUGCUGCUUUCUGUGAAAGCCUUUAUUAUUAAUAUUGUUAUUAAUAUUUGAAGUUUUUAAUUUUCAUGGGAAUGAACCAUUGCAGUUGCAAAGUCCAAGGAAAGAAUUAUUUUCUAAUGCUAAAAAAAUACAAAAUUGCAUCCAAAGUCCUAUUACAGUGAUGGCUAACCUUUUUGCCAUCGCAUGCCAGGAAGGGGGCGUGGGGGAGGUUCGUGUGUGCAUGUGCCCACACCCAUAAUUCUAUGCGCCCCGCACAUGCGCGCAUGACCCCCCUCCCCCCUGCUCCUGGCAUGUGAUGGCCCAGUAGGACCGUUUUUCUUUUGGUUGGACAGGAAGUGAUUUUUUUGCUGUCCCCAACCUCCAGAGACUUCUAGACAGGCUCUGGAAGCUGGGGAUAACAAAAAACGUCACUUCCUGUCCAACCGGGAGUUGGGAAAUGGGCCAUUUCAGGCCUCCAGAGGGCCUCUGAGGGGGUGAGGAAGGCUGUUUUCGCACUCCCCAGAUGCAUAGAGAGGAUAUGGAGCCAGGUGAGAAAAACGGGCCUUCUCCCCCCUACCCCCAGGCCUUCCGGAGGCAGGAAAUAGCCUGUUUCCCUACUUCUGGUAGGCUAGAAGGCCCGAAAAUUAGCUGGCCGGCACGCACAUGCACACCGUAACAGACCUGGUGGGCCAGGCGACAUGGCUCCACAUGCCACCUCUGGCACACGUGCCAUAGGUUCACCAUCACGGUCCUAUUAUUUCCUACGGAUAGAAAAAAAAAUUGUUGCACUCUUAAAAUGACCCAAACCCAAUUUUAACUUGUUAUGCAGGAUGCACGCUACACCUGAAAAAAAAAAAAGGCUCACCCAUGAAUUUGCAACCAAGCAGUGCCUUGAAUAAAGGAGAUACUGUCAUGCAGUUCCUUGUGCAUAACUUUUAAUAUUUUACAUUUAUGAAACUUGCAGGAGCAUGUCAUCAAAACAAAUUUCUCUUGGCCAAUUUUAAAUUGUCAUACUUGUAGAAACAUGGACUUUGGUCAUACCCACGGGGUGUAUGCUCUGCUCAUGGAAAUAUGGGAGUGAUAUCAGCAUAUAGUUAUUCACUUAAUGAGACUUAUGCAAGUUAUUCUGACAGAGGACUGUGCCUUUGAGGGCUUUUUGACACUUUCUGGCCUUUUUACACGUGGUGUUUUCAAAGGAAUGUCUUAUAGAAGGUUUGUUAAAAGUUGAACUUGUGUAUUCUCACUAGCAUUUCAAUGGUAAAUGAAGCUGUUCCCAAAAUUGCAUUAAAAACCUUUUGCCUUAAGGUAAUUGACUUAAAAUAAACUCUGUUGAUAGAAAUGUUUCUAGAGAAAAAUUAAGGUACUGUUUCCUUUUUUUUAUUUAUUUUUAAAUAUAUAUAUAUAAAUUGGACACCAAUAAUCCCUUUCCAGCAUCCGGUAGUGUAGGUGGAAAAGGAUAAUGUUAUUUAAAACUUUUAGCCAAGAUGCAAAAGUCUGCAUAUUUCGGAAUUCCUGUGGUACUUUCUCCCAAUUUUGCAUUUUUAAACAGCAAAAAUAGAUUCAGUAUAUUGCAGAAAUAAUUUUGAACAUGGAUCUCAGCCUGUCUUAAUCUUUAAACUUUGUACACUUUCUACCUUUUAAUCUUAAAUUUGAAUUGCUCAUUUAAAGAAAUUCACAAAACAGUAAUAAGAGCUAUAAAUGGGAUACAUAUAAGAAAGAUACGUCUUUGUGACCUGGUUAUGCCCGCUCCAAAUAUUUCUAAGCUGCUCUAGACAGCGAGAUGGAAGCAUAUACAUUUUAAUAAAAGAUUUUCAUAUUCA